CUUCCUCCGGGCGCUCGGGAGCGGCGGGCCCGAGGUGGCUCUUCCAGGAGGGCAUCGUCUGGGGACGCGGCCGGGCCUCCCCGGACCGGCGGGGCGCCGCGGGGCUCGGGUCCCGGGAGCUCGGGGGCGUCCCGCACCCCCCGGCCGCGGGGCCCAUCCCUCCCCUCCCCUCCCCAGCCUGUCCGCCCGCGGCGACCCGGCGGCCUGCGUUCUCCCGGGAGGUGGUCGGCACACUGCCGGGCAUUGUGUGACUCGGGUCCCUAGGUCCCCAAUGUGUGUGGCAGGCUGCGUGACAGAUGGUGCUCCGGGAGCGUGCGAGGGCCGAGGAGUCAAUUUUCUUUUGAAAGGGACCGAACACAUGUGUUCGGUCAUUUCUUUAUUAUUUCGGAGAGGGACCGUGCUGGGGGGUUGGGUGGGAGGGGGACAAACACCGGAGCCUUUCCGUCUCCGGCCCGGGGUUCCAGAGUGGGGUUCGCCCGCACCCGAGCGCAGCCCGGACCCCUCCGGGCGCUGCGAGUCUCCGGCUGCCUGGCCCCGGGGCCCUAGGGCGAUGAGGACGCCCGGCGUCUCCCUUCAGACCCGGAGGCAUCCGUCCUUCGGGCUCUCUCGGGUGUCUGGGAAGGGGCCGGGGCCGGGGAGGCGGGAUGGAGCAGCUGAUGUUUGGCCAGAGGAGGCACAAGAUGCCAGCCGGCCCCGCAGGCCCGUGGUCGCUCUGCCGCCCCAGGGCCACCGGCCGCCUCUGUCGCCUGCAGGCUCCGGCGUGGGGCUCGGAACGCGCUCAGCCUCCAAAAUGAUGCUGAGUCCGGACCAAGCCGCCGACUCGGAUCACCCCAGCUCGACGCACUCGGACCCGGAGUCCCUGGGCGGCGCCGACGCCAAGGUGCUGGGCAGCGUGUCGGACCUGGAGCCGGUGGAGGAGGCGGACGGCGACGGCAAGGGCGGCCCCCGGGCCGCGCUCUACCCGCACCCGCAGCAGCUGAGCCGCGAGGAGAAGCGCCGGCGCCGGCGCGCCACGGCCAAGUACCGCUCGGCCCACGCCACCCGCGAGCGCAUCCGCGUGGAGGCCUUCAACCUGGCCUUCGCCGAGCUCCGCAAACUGCUGCCCACCCUGCCCCCGGACAAGAAGCUCUCCAAGAUCGAGAUCCUGCGCCUGGCCAUCUGCUACAUCUCCUAUCUCAACCACGUCCUGGAUGUGUAGAGAGGGGGACGCCGCGGGAGGCCGCCGGUCCCGGCGUCUGCUGGAGGCGACAUACCCGGACUGCGAGGCCGGAGGAUAGCCCAGAGACACCUGGACGCGGGGGAAAGCUUGCAGCCUCUGUUUUUUCUGCUCGGCGAGGAGACAGGGAAAGGUUUUCGAGCCUGGGAGGUGGGGUUGAGUGGAAAGAGCUGGGACCUGCGAGGUUAGUUUCUUGGCCAGAAGAACCUUCUGGAGGCACCUAGAAGGAGUUGCCCCGGGGCCUCCGGUGUGUUAGAAUCCCUUUAAGGUGGUUGCUUUAACGCCCUGGAGGCCUCGAGUUCCCCUAUGUCUAUAGUCACGACACAUCUUCAUGUUCUGAAAGAACGAGGGCAGCUCAUCCAGGCUGACGGCUUCAGACCAAGACUAUCUUGGGGUUUUCUAAUUGACAAACCACUAAGCUUUGGGGAGAAAGAAAAAGAAAAAGAAAAUCUUUCCCGUACAGAGAUUAAGACACAGAAAGGUGUACCAGAGAACUUUUUGUUCCUUUGACAAAUGAAAAACUACAUUGGAACCUAAAUCGGAAUCCUUGGUGAAGUUACGAGAAAAGAAUACAUUCAGAACAGACAGGCACACGGUGGGAAGAUUUGAGCUUGGUGAGAUUUUAACCCCAAGAUAGAACACUAAAGUAGAUAGAAAAAUCCGUAUUUAAAUGGAAAAUUCAACAUCUGAUUGCUUUUUUGGGCAGAGUGCCCCAUUAAAUAUCCAAAAAAACAAAACAAAAAACCCCAUCUACUUGUGAUCUUACCGUGUGGACCCGUAGAUGCAGUUAGAGAAAGACAAACCUAUUUUUAUUUAUGUUGGAAGAAGUAGAGUAUUUUUUUCAAGACAUUUAUUUUUCAGAGUGGUGAUAAUUUUACUUUGGAUACUCUGUGCCAAUUUAUUUAUGGUCAAGUGUUUACACUUUUUUCCCGUGAAAUGAUUGCGUCGAACUCUUUCUGUGUUUGUUGAGAUUAUCUUGUGGUCUCCCCGCCCCCCUUUUUUUUCUGAUUAUAUUGCACUCGUUUAAGAGAGUUCCCACUUCCCCUGUUUCUAAGCAUAUUUUAUAUAUUAAGAAGUUGGUUCUUUUGUUGUGAGAUCAGCAACACUAGCCCUUCACUGUUAUAGUUUUAUAAAAAAGUUAAGUGUUGUUACAUCUUACCUGUAGUUUUGUCUGAAAAGUACUUUACAAACUGUUUUUAAGGAGAGUAGUUUCUUUGUGUGUGUGUGCGUGACGUUUGUGUGUGGGAUGAUUUUAGGAAAUUACAUUAUUUUCCUAAAAAAAGAAAAGACAAAAAGAAUUCAGAACUACUUUCCUCUGUGACAACCAAAAAGAAAAGUCUAUGACCUGGAAAUGUUUCAUGUUCUUAGCUGUGAAACUCUUAAAGUAAGAGGUGUAUUUUAGAGACAAGAGAGAAAGAAAAAAAAAAAAAAAAAAAAAAACCACAUCUGCUAUCCAAAGAUUUUAGUCUUUUUCAGGGUUUUUUUGUGUCUCUGUUGCUUUAUAUAAUGCAAUAUUUUGUAGUGAAAAUAGAUAUAACCUGGUUUCUACCUGACGAGUUUUUCAUAUCUCAUGAUUGGUCGCUGUUUUGCAUAUAAAUAAAGGUAUCAGAUUAAAGUCCUC